UAACUUCUCACCAGUAUUAAGAAUUUAACUACUUCUAUAGAAAAAGAUUAUGGGUUUAAAAUGUUCAGUAAUUUUCAAAAUAAAGGAGUAUUCAAAUUUAAAUGGAGUUUUCUGAGCCCUUACCACUAAUACGAAUUCGAGAUACGAUUGAAGACCCCCAAGAAUCUGAUCAAGAAAACUAUGAUUCCAUUCUAUGGUAUGGUUAUCUCAUACUACUUUGCAGUUGGGUCCUUUUUGUUAUGUCAAUAAAUUCUAUAUUCGAGCUUUGGAAAUUUAUUAUUCAUCCAUUAUCUGUUUCAGAGAGAACUAUUCCGAUAUAUAAGUCAUUACAAGUUACUUUUGAAUGUACAGAUCGAUAUAUAUUAAAGUUAUGGUGUAUAUAUAUAAUUGUGUGGUGGUGGUCAAUUAUAUCAUGGACUGGAUUGAAAUUAUUCCGACAUUCUAAGGGAAUACAGACCCAAGUUUCGUGAAUUUGGCUGGACAGUUACGGAAAUAAUAAACAGGUUAAUUAAUG